GGUGAUCGGCAACAUAUCCAAACCAUAUUCUCCACAUUGGCAGUUAUGGAUUUUACGCGUCAAUUUCCAACAAAACUGCACUAUCGAAGAUUCCAACGGAAACCAGCUCACCGACAGCAUAGGCAUCACAAUCACUAAAAAUGACUACGAUGGCAACCUUCUUGUUAUGGCCGUGAGACAACGGCUGGGAUUCGUUCCGGGUGGAACGGGCAGCUA